AUGUUGAAAGAGCUAACAGCAACGGCAUACUGCAAUCCAUCUGCAAUUGAAAUCGGUAGCAAAUCAAAGCAUCCGUUAGUGAUCGCACAGAAGCUCAAAGAUCUGAAAGCGAAAUUCAGAGUUUGUGUUUAUCUUGCAUCCACGAGCGGCAAUGCUACCGUAACGCUGCGAGCUAUAUGUGCUUCGGAUUACGAUCACAAAAAUUUCAUGAGUAAAUUUGAACAACUCAACGAGACCAACUAUGAAAACAUGAAAGACAAAUAUCCUUCACUUGCAACAGCUAUCGAUCAGUACCGCGAAGCAUGCGAUGAUCAGGAAUGCAGCUUCGACAGAUUCGAGCUUUCUGUUACUCAAUGGCUUUCGUUGCUACUGUAUCGUGAGGAGCGCAAGACGUUGGCUCGUAUUUUUGCGGCUAAAGAAAACAUUCCACAUGUUCACUUCGACUUCUAUUCGGCAAACUUCAUGCUCGAUUAA